AUGAUCCCCCAUCGAAGUACAGCGCUGCUUUCGGUCAUCGUCUUUGUCGCUCUCCUCCUAUUCAUCUUCUCCUCCUCCCCCAUCCCUGUACCCGUCAGCGAAAAAGUCUCAGGGGCAGCCGAAUAUGUGCGACCAAAACUGGAAGCAUUGCGCCUAAGCGACUUCCACCUCCCAUCGUUCCGUCCUCCAGCCCACGAGCCGCCACCGGAGCAAAAGAAUAGCACCAGGGGUGACUCGAAAUGGUUCAGCGACUUUCGGUGGCUGAACCCGUUCUCUUCAUCCGUCACCUUGGACGAGGGUCGCUCUGUCCUCCCGCCUCUAGCCGAUCGUCGAGCCGUCUACACGUACUUCGACCGGAACUACAAUCCCAGGCAGCAUUCCGGCCAGGAUCGGGCAGAGGAAAAGAAAGCGGAUUACGAGCUGCUGCUGGCCUGGCGUCGGGCCUGGUAUGCCCAGGGCUUCAAGCCCGUGAUUCUGGGCCCUGGGGAUGCCCAAAGGAACCCGUAUUAUGAAACCGUCCACAAAAUCAAGCUUAGUACUGAGGCUCAGAACGAGGUGUAUCGAUGGUUGGCAUGGGGCCACAUGGGAUCGGGCUUGCUAGCGGAUUUCCAUUGCUUCCCUAUGGCCCGGUAUGACGAUCCCCUUCUGUCUUCUCUACGUCGUGGCAGCGAGCCAGAGCACAUUACGCGCUUCGAAAACUUCAACGGUGGUCUCUAUGCAGCGGAGAAGCACAUGAUCGACCGAGCCAUCGCGAAGGCCGCCGAGAAGCUGGAUGAUAAGUCUACGUCCAUGACGGACCUCAUGCCUGCGGAGUUUUUCCGGAUUGAACAACCGAGUUCGCUGGCGUUCUACCGAUCAUCAACAAUCACCUCUAAAUACUCGGCCCUUGGUGAGAAAAUUAGCAAGGACCCGGCGGCCGGCCGAAAGGAGUUGGUGAAGCUCAUCAAUGCGCACCUCCACAACACGUUUCAAAAUGGCUUCCCAGCCGGACUUGCCGUGCUAAAGCCCUUCCCCACUUGCACCACUGCCCUGGUGGAGCCGGCACUGCGACUGGCCAAGGCUCUUGUGCAAUGUCCGGAUACCCCCAUGGCGGACUCAUGUCCGCCCAACCUUCCCGAUUGCCGCCCCUGCGGCUCUGGGAAACAAACCAUGCGGAUCAGCCAGCCCGCGACCUACAAGAACACCACAUUUCUCUUUACGAUCGGCACGCUGCCCCAUCCGUACACCCUGAUCAGCCUGCAGAAGAACUCCGAAGAGAUCACGACCCGACACAUUCGCCGCGCCACGGACCGCGAUCCCUGGCUGUUCGAGGUGACGCGAGACCAGCUCGGAGACGAGCUAGGUGGCUCGUCCCGCGGGAUCGUGUUCAAACAAGUCGUUGCAGGCCCUCAAGCCAUCGGCUCAUCCCUGUGGAUGACUGUCGAGUCUCUCCCCGGAGAGGCGGGCACUGGCUUGCCACCCGACCUCCUGGAUGAGUUCGAAUGGCAGCUUGGAUUCCAGAUCCCCCGCGGCGACAAGGCUGACCCCAAGAUCGAGGGUGGCAAGGGCAAUCAGGAUAAGCCACAGUACGCCGACAAGGAGAGCUUCCAGUUUGCCAACCCGAGCGAGCAGGGAAUUCCGCGGGAGUACGAGCUGAUCCAGAAGGCGCGGGAGGUGAUCAAGAGCGAGGAACACAGCCGUAUCAGCAUCAAGGAUGUCGCCGAAGCGUGGAACCUGGCGGACAGCGAGGUGUGGCGAUUUGUGAAAGCCUAUCGCGCACGCUUGGUGGUUGAGCGACGCAGGUGGCAAGAGGAAGAACAGCCGUUUGCGAAGACGACCUGA